GUUUCUCAAGUAUCAGAAAAGUCUUGUCCUCCCAGGAACCCAUCUAUGGAUACUUUGGUGUCUUCAAAGCCACACAGACCUACAAGCGGACUACUUCUUUGACUUCAUGAGAGGGAAAUAAUUUUUUUUGGCGGGGGGGAUACUUUCUGGCCGCCAUCUACCCAAAGCGGAGAUGUCUGAGGAAAAUAUGGGUGAAGAGUCGAGCAGCUCCCCUGUCUCUCCUGUGGACAGCCUGAGCAACAGCGAGGGGGAGCUGGACAGGCAACCGAAGAGAUGUGGGAGGAAAAGGAGACCGAGCAGGAAAAACGGGGAGGACUCAGAUAGCCCGACCCCUGGGAAAAGAGGGAAGAAGUCCAGCAGCAGCAGCCCCCAGUCUUUCGAGGAGCUCCAGUCGCAGCGGGUCAUGGCCAAUGUCCGGGAGCGACAGAGGACCCAGUCCCUCAACGAGGCGUUCGCGGCUUUGCGGAAAAUUAUCCCCACUUUGCCCUCGGACAAACUCAGCAAAAUACAAACCCUAAAACUCGCGGCCAGAUACAUCGACUUCCUGUACCAGGUGCUGCAGAGCGACGAGCUGGACUCCAAAAUGUCAAGUUGUAGUUAUGUGGCUCACGAGAGGCUGAGCUACGCCUUCUCCGUGUGGAGGAUGGAGGGCGCUUGGUCCAUGUCAACAUCUCACUAGCACCUGGAGAAAUUGUGCCCAAAACGGUGACUGCUGAAUCUACUUCUCACAUUCUGACGGGACAAAUCUGGAGUCCAAUGCUGGAUACAUGGGAUCACACUAUUUAAACCAAAGACAGAAGGUCGUCUUUUUUUUUUUUUUUUUUUUUUUUUUUUUUUUUUUUUUUUUUGCAGAGGGCCCCGAUAGGGACUUGCAGCCGCGUGUUAGCUCCAUACACCCCAUUCUGAUGUGUUUUCAUGUUGUUGACAACGAAUGUUGAAAAUAUCAUGUGUUUUUUUAAAAAGCAAAGUUCUUUUCUCUAAUGCAUGCCUUUGGACUUGUUUCUGAGGAGGUCAAAGUGCAUUAGCAUUGAAGCAGUUGUCUCUCUCUCUCUCUCUUUUUUUUUUUUUUUUUUUUUUUUUUUUUGGUGUGAGACUGUCAACUGGUGGUGUAGCUCACAUUACAGACUGACUGUGUGGAUCUAACCUGUGCAAAAAGUAUUUUCAGAAUACAUUUAUUUAUUUAUUGGUGAAACUUGUUACAAUGAGGAAUGGAUCCUGUGUCUGAAAUACAAAUACAUUCCUAUUUUUAAUUAUCGUUUUUGUAAAUGUUUGUAUAUUUUUUGCAUUAAAGAAAAUGACGAUGAAA